UUUAACAUCACAAACUACUCUUCAUCUCUAGAAAAAUAUAUUUCUCAAUCCUCUCAUCUUCUACAUUUUUCUUUGACACAUUUUUAAAAAAAAAAUAUAACCCACUAUUGAUCAUCCAAGAUUUUCUCAGCUAGACUCAAUUACAAUGGCAAAUGACAUCAAAUUCCUAGUCAUGACUUUCUUUCUUGUAGCAUGGUUAGCGAGCUUAGGCCAAUGUGCAAGUGCAAAUGGGAAAAACAAAUAUGUUCGAGAUGCUUGCAGGGUGACCAGGUAUCCGGACCUUUGCAUCCACUCGCUAGCACCGUUUUCGAACACGGCCAAGACAAGUCCUACCCUUUGGGCAAGAGCAGGGGUCUCAGUCACACUAAGCGAAGCCAAGAGCGUUGCUAGAUAUCUUGUGAGGUUGAAAAGCCAGAGGAGCAGUUUCAGGGGAAGAAACAGUGCUGCCCUGUCUGACUGCAUAGAGUGUUUUGAGAAUGUCAUUGACGAACUUCACAAAUCUCUGAGAGUGUUGAGGAGUCUAAGCAGGGGAACAUUCAGCACUCAAAUGGCGGACCUGAACACUUGGCUGAGCGCUGCACUUACUGAUGAGGACACUUGUUUGGAUGGGUUCGCGGGUCAAAAAGGAAAGCUGAUCAAGUUUCUUCUGAAUCGGGUUUCGAAAGCUAGUUAUAUUACAAGUAAUGCACUGGCUCUUGCUAACAAGCUUGCCGCCACUGGUCUUGGAAGUGUCAUUGACCCAUGAAAGUUUCUAUAAGAUAGUGUCACGUAUAAUGCUUAUCUAUACGCUAUUUUAACAUAUUUAUAUAUAGAGUUAGAGCUAAUAAUGAAUAAACAAAAGCUGUAUAUAAUGCUUCUUUAAUGUUUUAUUCCCAUUGUGAAAGUAUUUAUAUAUAUAUAUAUAUAUAUUAGUUCGUCCAAGAUUGAGAUUUCCGCUUUGUUUUAUCCUUUUGUGAGAUUUAUAUAUAAAUUUUAUUGGACCUA